AUGGCAGUCAGACUUGCUCUUCUCCCUCUGAUCCUCCUCAUGAUUCAUAUUGUUUGUGAUGAAGAUGAUGAUGAUGAAUGGCGUGUGAAGUACACUCCUAUACACAUCUGUGCACUAAAAUCCUCAACCGUGAUAAUGAGAUGCACUUAUACAUACCCUAAAAAACAUAAGGUCAUGACAGCAUUCUGGACCAGACACCCUCCAAAACAGGGUCAAGAGUAUCCCGAUCUGUCUGUGGACCCUGAAUACAUUCAGAGGCUUCAGUAUCUGGGAGAUAAACAGCAGAACUGCACCGUCAGACUGAGUCAUGUGACAAAGAAAGAUGAACAUGUGUAUUAUUUCAGAUUCACUACUAAUGUAACAAAGGGAAUGUGGAUUGGCACUCCAGGAGUGCAUCUCUCUGUCACAGAUCUUCAGCUGGAGUCUCCUGAGAGAGUGACAGAGGGAGAUUCAGUCCGUCUGACAUGUAAAAGCAGCUGUAAACUGACUGACACACCAACAUUCAUCUGGUACAGAAACUCACAGACAUUGACUGUGAGAAGCAAUGAACUCCUGCUGCAGUCAGUCAGAAGAGAAGAUGCAGGCAGAUAUAGAUGUGCUGUACAUGGACACACACUCACAUCACCUGAGGUCUAUCUCAUUGUCACCUAUCCUCCAAAUAGCGUCUCAGUGUCCAUCAGUGGAUCUGCUGUAAUAAUGUCUGGAGAUUCAGUGACUCUGAGCUGCAGCAGUGACUCAAACCCUCCUGCACAAAUCAGCUGGUUUAAAGGAAAUAAAUCUCUGAAUUCUGGAGGAAUCUUCAGCAUCUCCAAGAUCAGCUCUGAUGACAGUGGAGAAUACAAGUGUAAAGCCAGAAAUGACCAUGGAGUGAAAUACUCUGAUCCUGUGACUUUAAAUGUCCAGUAUCCUCCAAAGAGCGUCUCAGUGUCCAUCAGUGGAUCUGUUGUAAUAAUGGAGGGAGAUUCAGUGAGUCUGAGCUGCAGCAGUGACUCAAACCCUCCUGCAGAAAUCAGCUGGUUUAAAGGAAAUACAUCUCUGAAUUCUGGAAGAAUCUUCAGCAUCUCUAAGAUCAGCUCUGAUGACAGUGGAGAAUACAAGUGUAAAGCCAGAAAUGAACAUGGAGAGAAAUACUCUGAUCCUGUGACUUUAGAUGUCCAGCUUCCCAAACAUAAGGAUUCCUCCAUGUAUGCGGCAUUUCGGAUCGGAGCCACAUGUGCAGUUUUACUUCUCCUCUGCAUUCUCCUGUUCAUAAGUACAAGAAAAAAGGCUGGAGUGUCAAACAACAGACAGAAUCAGGUCAGAAGACUAAAUUAUAACUCCACCAGCAUGGACCACGCCACACUUUGAGCUAGACUUUAUUGUAGGGAUG